CGCAACAUAUAUAUAUGUCUAAAUUUGAGAAUCUUAUUCCAACAAAGAAAAUUAGAAAUAGAUCUGAUUUUUGCAAUUCUUUUACUCCCACAAAAAAACAACCGUACAUCUACAAACUGUUAUCUGGAAAGAUCAAACACAUUCAAAUAAACUUUGACGCCUUAUAGAUCUUCUCCUUUAAACCCCAAUCCAUCUACUGUAUAUUCCUUUAUCCUGCAGAAAAAGUUACAACUGUUUCAGCUGUGUGUGUGUGAAUUGUAGCUACAAUUUGGGAGGUGUUGAUCGAUUUGUGAAUGGAAGCCAUCAGAAAGCAAGCGUCCAGACUCCGAGAACAGGUCGCCAGGCAACAGCAGGCUGUUUUGAAGCAGUUUGGUGCCUAUGGUGGUUCAGAUAAUGUCAUGCCUGAUGAUGCAGAAUUCCAGCAGCACCAAAAGCUUGAAAAGCUAUACAUAUCUACUCGAGCUGCCAAGCAUUUCCAGAGGGACAUUGUUCGUGGUGUUGAAGGUUUUAUAGUAACGGGGUCCAAACAAGUCGAGAUAGGAACAAAAUUGUCAGAAGAUAGUAGAAAAUAUGGUGUUGAAAAUACUUGUACCAGUGGAAGCACGCUAUCAAAAGCUGCAUCAAAUUUUGCACGAAGUCGUGCUCAAAUGGAGAAAGAACGUGGAAAUCUGUUGAAGGCCUUAGGCACACAGGUGGCAGAACCAUUGAGAGCGAUGGUUAUGGGAGCUCCAUUAGAAGAUGCUCGUCAUCUAGCGCAAAGAUAUGACAGGAUGCGGCAAGAGGCUGAAGCUCAGGCUGUUGAAGUUGCCAGAAGACAAGCCAAAUUGAGGGAAGGAAAUGCCCAUCCUGACAUGGCUUUUAAACUUGAGGCAGCCGAGUCUAAAUUGCAAGAUCUGAAGUCAAAUGUGGCCACACUGGGGAAAGAGGCUGCUGCUGCUAUGGCUGCUGUUGAAGCUCAACAACAAAGGUUGACGCUGCAACGACUAAUUGCCAUGGUUGAAGCUGAACGAGCCUACCAUCAGCAAGUUCUUCAAAUACUUGACAUGCUCGAAGGAGAAAUGAUGUCUGAGCGCCAAAGGAUUGAAUCGGCUCCUCCACCUGCUGCUGCUGCUACUGCAAUUCCGAGCAUGGAUAGUAUGCCUGCACCUCCAUCAUAUGAAGAAGUAAAUAGUCUACCUACUUCGCCUGUCCAGAAUGGAUCGACCGAUGGCAUGGGAUACUUUCUUGGAGAGGUUAUGUAUCCCUAUCAUGCCGAAUCUGACGUGGAACUUACUUUGUCAGUUGGAGACUAUAUCGUCAUUCGAAAGGUUUCGAACAACGGAUGGGCUGAAGGUGAGUGCAAAGGCAGAGCUGGUUGGUUUCCGUUCGGGUACAUUGAGAGGCGCGAGCGUGUUCUUGCCAGCAAGUUUGCAGAAGUUUUCUGAGCUUUUUUCUCAUGAUUUUGGUUUUCUACAUGUCUCUUUUUUGUUUGUAUUUGUGUUUUCGUUGGAAUAUAUGCAUAUUAGAGUUCGCCUCCUACAGAAAGGGUUGCUCUCCCUUUCUUUCUUAUUUGAUUAAUUUUGCAGAUUGAUGUAUUGCCCUGCUGUUUUCUUUAGUUAAAUUGUUUCUGAAACCCAUUCAUUUCCGGUUCCUAUAUCAGUUUUAAAUAACGAAAUUUCAUAUGUUUUCAUUA